GCCGCAUAAUCCCGGGCAACAGUUUGGAAGUGCAUCGAAAAGCAGGUGGCCGGCUCGCAGGGGUGCCAGAGCUACUUGCUUAUCUCUUCAACAUCUGUUGUAUCAGCAUCGAGUCUUCGUUCGCACAUUAAACGUCCUUUUCAUACAAGACUUUCAAUACCUGGUGACAAGAGCACGCACUUAUCUGAAAACAGGAUGU